AUGAAGCCAAUCUACUCGCGCGAUAAGUGCGUCGCCGCGAUUUACGACUUCUACGACUUCCUGGGAAAGAUGCUCUUAGAUUUGCCCGCGUCUAUCAUCUACCCACCUCCUAGCAAUGGGGAAGAGGAUGACGCCGAAGCUUCAGACGACAACAGGGAACACGAAACGCCUCCGACAUCCGACGACGAGACUGACGACGAGGGCGAUGAGAACGAUGAUUCUGAGGUCGAUGACGAGUCGGAAGACGUGAAAUGGGGACCCUGCUGGCCGGUCCGCCACUUCUUCGCCAUGUUGAAGAACUACUUCAUCAAGCUGAACUUCAUUCCCUAUAGUAGUCAGCGCAUCGUUCAAGUCUGGACGGAGCGAUACACUGACCAUAACCAAAUCCCUAAAGGUAUUGCGGAGUUUCUACAGUCCAUAUAUCACAAGCAUGGGUGGCCUAAUCUAAACGUCUAUCGGAAAGAAGCGUGUUUAGCAGAGCUCGAGAAAGCGACGGGAACUAAAGGUACUAAAUACUACAACCUCGGUUAG